AGAGAGCUUUCAUGUCUUACGCAUAUGAUAGUCUUUUACCCAACUUCCAAUAAACUCGUAGAUUUCAUCUUAUAGUACUUAUCGUGUUUAUUGCGCAACCACAACGAAAAUCUCCUGUAGAUAGUAUCCCGGGGAGUAACUUGUUGUGAAUCUUCUCCCUUCUUGAUUGUAUCCUUAAGCUUGUUCUCACAGGAACGAAUUACGAAGCAUCCUAAAAGGCGUGAAGAAAUUAGUGAUGAAAUUCAUGAGAAACGCUACUCCACACGACGUUCAGUAAUCCGUAUGAUAGUAUCGAAAUAUUAAAUCGCGGCUUCGCGCAGAACUGAGCCUAGCUCACAACUCAUCCGUAGUUAGUACACUAAGCAGUUGUUUACCCCACUUCCUUCCACAAAGAAAAUGGACGUCACAGUAUCGGACGCAGUAGGCCUCCCCGCUGACACUUAUGUGUCAAUUAGGAUCGGAGAUACUCGGCGGCAAGGACCUUAUCGGGCUGGAGAGGCUUUUCGAUUUCAAAAAUCGAACGCGGCAACCUUAAAACUGGACCUUUUCCAGCACAUUGCUGGAUGCACUGUCAACAUGUAAAAAUCAAAUAGAUUGGUUGUGGCCUUUCUUCGUUUGAUGGAUUCAGUCGGACUAACAACUAGCAUAGUCAGUGCGACGGUGUUCAGAUCUACAUCAUAUUAGCAUAAAAUAGUGAGAGGGCCGAUAGCUCAAGGUGAAGAUCUAGAACUAGAUCAUUGAAAUUUCACUCGUUAAAUAUAAUCUACUUAGUUCUACUGUGAUACUUAAUUAUAGUACUGAUGUGACUUGUAUGUUCAGAAUGUACACAAGCAACUGUUUAGUCUUUCCGAUGGUAAAGAGCGACCAUCGAAGACGCAAUGAUGAUGACUGUGAUGCCCACGUAUUUUCUCCCUUCAUGGAAUUUCACAGGUUUCAGUUGCGAAAUGACGAGCUGCACAGGGAGACGGUGAACAUGGGUAGUGAUGAUAACCGCAUGUCUUUGAAUCUUCGUUGCACCAUGCCUGAUGGCGAGCAGACCCGCGAGCGCCAACAGGCGCGGCAGGCCCGCCACGAGGUGACGACGAAGGCCACCGAAUACCUGGAGGGGAGCGGUGUCCAAGGUGUACUGCAGAGUGUCAUCCGGUCUUUGCUGGAGCAACAGCCCCACGAUGCGCUGUCGUUCAUGAUCGAGCACAUGUCGGAGCAAAAGCGCAUGCGCGUGCCGGAGUACGACGCCGAAGCGGUGGCCGAAGCGUUGGGCGGCGAGGUCGCCGCUGUGGAUGCCAUCCCGGAAGCGGCCCUGAAGACCAACGUCCCAGACGUGGCCGAACAAGAAGCCGCCGAGCAGGCAGCUGUUCUUGGCGACGCAGGAGGCCUGGCGAUGGACGCCCACCACGAAGUCGUGGAACAGAACGCAGAAGCGGACCAAGUCGUGGCGCAACCUACUGAAGAGCAGGCGCAACCUACUGAAGUCGUCGAACCGCAAGAAGAACAGGCGGCCGAACCUGCCGCCGAAGCAGCCGCCAUGGAGCCUGCUGCCGCAGAGGAACCGCCUGCAGAAGAAGCAGCGGUCGAGCCAGCUGCUGAAGACGUUCAAGCGGAAGCCGCGCCCGCGGAUAGUGCAGAAGCAGUCGCGGAGGAAACUGUAGCGGAGGGUGCAGCACAAGACGCUGAGGCCGCUCCUGUUGAGGGAGAAGCAUAAGAGCCGGGGUGAGUUGUAAGAUUAAUAUCUUCAUCAAGGACUAAAUAUAUUAGUUGAUAUGUGAUAUUUAAGUACUAGAGAUAGCACGAGACGAAAUGGGUUUGGGUGCGUAGAAAAGACGUUGCGAAGUCCGUCUGGUAUACGUCAGAUGGUCCAGGGCAAGGCUAUGGAUCUUAUCGUUGUACUAGGAAUUUACGGGAAUUUCAUCUUCGCGCUAUGAAAAAUGAAACUACUCUUUUACAUAUUAUAGGAUAAGGAAAUAAUGAUCAGCUUCUUAUUUUUACAAAUGAAAAGGGUACGGGAUAUAUUUUUUAUCAUAAUUUUUUCAAUUUCAGCAUCAUCAAAUCAGCAUAAGCAUGUACAUAUGAUAGCAACCUAUGUAUAAUUAGUGACCACGCCGUCGUGGAGGCAUAUUCGCAUUACCAGUAAUGACUACGCAAGUAUGCUGUCGCCCAAAAAAAAAUGUUUCUUUAAUCAUCACGUUACAUGACUACUUGAAAAUCCGUUUUUAAAUUGAUACGCAACGAACCCUUGAACCAUCUUCAUGAUUUUUUCGAUAAAGGAUGAGUGACCGUAAUAGACACGCAUAUCUGAAGUGAUAAAUGCAAAAUCGCAGAGCAUCCAUGACUACUUACGUAAAGAAAUCGAAUGUCUCGAUGUACAAAAAUUCGGAUCGAACGUACUUCAGAAUGAAAAUGCAUUUUCCACCACCGAAUGCACAUAGUGGUCUGAGAUGCUGCAAGAGAUACUCGUAAUUUGCGAGAUAAGACCAACAGGUAAUCGUAAUGCAACUGUGGAACAAUGAAAGGAGACUAC